UCUAUGGUUUGAACAAUUCUGACUGCAGAGAGGGGACGCGGAGACGCGCGUCGUACCGUCGAUAGCUUUAUUAGCAUAGCCGAGCAUACGCCACGAUACACAUGCUGGGGCAACGAACAGUGAAGACACUACAGACAGACCGGUCAAUACCGACAACUUAAAGGAUACAAUAAUGCCGAGCCGUCCACCUCGCGACUAGGCUGGACGGCUAGCGGUGCAUCUCUGAGAGACGCUGAGGGAAACGGCAGGGUAUCCUCCCAUUUCCACGUUUACAUUUGAGCCUGUCCUCACUCUCUGUUGUGUUUCUUUGGACAUGUCCUCGCUAAAUAUAGACUACGACGAAGACCAGAGAUGGGUUCCUACACACGUCCAGGUCACCGUUCUGCGGGGCAGGGGCUUGCGGGCGAAGGGCAAACACGGUACCAGCGACGUCUACACCAUUAUCCAGGUGGGCAAGGAGAAAUACUCCACUUGUGUUCUGGAAAAGACCACUGUUCCCGAAUGGAAGGAGGAAUGUUCUUUCGAGUUGUUACCGGGUGUUCUGGAGCAGGUUGGGGACGGGGGCGCAUACCCCCCCGGGAGCAGCGACUUGGUCCUGACGGUGAUGCACCGGGCGCUCAUGGGACUGGACGUGUUUCUGGGCCAAGCCGUGAUCCCUCUGGAUAAGGUGUUUCAGGACAGAAUAUGCAUGAAAAACGAGUGGUACAAGCUGAACUCCAAGACUGGGAAGAAGGAGAAGGAGCGAGGGGACAUUCAGGUGACGGUGCAGUUCACCAAGAACAACCUGACAGCCAGCAUGUACGACCUCUCCCUGGGUAAGGACAAGCCCCGGUCCACCUUCGGCAAGAUCAAGGACCGCAUCAAGGGCAAGAAGAGGAGCAGCAAGGACUCUGAUGAAGACUCCGCCUCCACUAUUGGGGGCGGCUACGGCCCCGUUUCCCGCAUGAGGAACCGGUUGCCGAGCGAUGGCGGCGGGGAGGAAGACUACGAGGACGAUGAAGGGGGGGAGGGGCGGAGGAGUAAGAUGAGGAACUUCUUCCUGCGAGGGAAACUGAGGAAGUCGUCCGAUACGAGGUCGAGCACGUCGCUAGGGUCGGAGAGUAGUGAGUCGUCGUCGAGGGGAGGGAGUCUCAGUCCCACCGCUGGGAUCUCUGUAGUGGUGUCUGACCUGUCUAACUCGCCUAGCAACAGCAGCAACUUCACAGCAGACAGCCCUGAUCAUACGGCAGAGUCGUCUCCCAAGCUGGCCUCCUAUACAUGUGAGUUCACUGACGAGUCUGGAGAGAUCAACAUCCCUGUGCCUCAGCCUGUCUGCAUCAAUGGAAGCCAUGUGUACAACACCACCUUGGACCCUUGCCCGGGGAACCCUGUAGUACCCUUAGAUCCUCUAGCCCUGGUGAAGAAGAACCUGCCUCUGUCCCAAUCCCUCCAGAACCUCAACCAGCGGAGAGAGGAGCUCCCUGUCCUCCUCCCUAAAGGUCCCGCUGCGGAUGGCCGGCGCUGGUCCUUUGACAAGGCAGGGAAGGAGGAGAAGGUGGCCAUCGCAGCGGCCCUGGAGCAGGCUGGCCAAGGGAUGGGCGAGGGGGCCAGGGAGGAGUCAGACAGAGACAGCCGGAGCAGGAACUGUCUGGAUGAGUCUGAACAGGCCUCGAACUCUGACUCUGGCCCAGGCGAGAAACACAAAGGAUGGUUUGGAUCAAAGGACAACCAUAACAAACCCAGCCCGGUGGUGUCACCUAGCUCAGGCUCUCACCUCACCCCACAUACCCCUGGUCUCACCCCCCUUACCCCUGGUCUGCUGUCCUGGGGCCCCCCUCACCUCCCUGUAGAUCCUAACUCACUGGGCACCCCACUCCAUCACACUAACCCCUUCAGCCAGUCCCCCAUGUCUCCCUCCAACCCGUUCCUCUCUCUCCUCCAGUGUAACCCUUUCUACGAGGAGCUCCUAGCUGACCAAACUCUAAACCUUAACUCUGCCCAGCCCCAUCUGCCUCCCUGUUGUUCUAGCUUUACCUCCUAUUUCUCAGUAGCACCCCAAACCUGGUCUACCAACCCUAACCCCGUACCCAUCCUGCCCCCAACCCAUGACAGCCCAGUCACACCAGACUGCACUAACACUGGUAUGAAGGAACAAAGAGCCUCCCUGAAACUUCCUCCAGAAGAGAAGAGCGCCAACACUAAGGAUAAAGAAGAAGAAGAAACAGUCAAAACGAGCCAGAGACCGCUCCCUCCGCUUCCAAAGACUGACACGGUGCCCUCUGCUAACUCUCCCCUCUGUGAGGAAGACAUGUCCUAUGCUAAGGCUGAGACUGCAUCAUUCUACUCUGCCACUGGCCCAGACAACAUGGCUGCUUUAGACUUGAUGGGGGAGUUCUCUGACGAUCGAUGCUGGGCCACUUGUGAUGAUGUCAUCCGGUCAGACACAAUAGAUCGAGCCACAUCCCAUCUGGGAGCCACCUGUGUUGUUAAAGAGAAGACCACAUCCCCUGAAGCAAGGAUAGACUGGCCAAACGGCAUGGACUUAGAAUCAUAUAACUCAGCAGAACUUUCCAAUGCACUUCUACACUCUGUCAGGUCUCAAGCUCACAGUCCACUAAAAACAGUUCAGUCCACUACUGGGACAUCUAGUGGUGAGAAGGUCGAUGAAGACAUUGAGGAUUACAGAUUAGAGGACCAAUACUCAGAACACCCUCGUGUGGAGUCUGUUGUAGUGCAACAUUCUCUCUCAGAAGAACACCCUCUCCAACGGUCCCUCUCAGAAGAACACCCUCGUGUGGAGUCUGUUGUAGUGCAACAUUCUCUCUCAGAAGAACACCCUCUCCAACAUUCUCUCUCAGAAGAACACCCUCUCCAACGGUCCCUCUCAGAAGAACACCCUCGUGUGGAGUCUGUUGUAGUGCAACAUUCUCUCUCAGAAGAACACCCUCUCCAACAUUCUCUCUCAGAAGAACACACUCUCCAACGGUCCCUCUCAGAGGGCACAAGGAGGAACAGCGUUGAGGACCUGACUCUGUCGUUCGGCAGCGACCCUGGCGUUGUAACCCUGGGGUCUUUGUCCUUUGUCCAGCAGCAUGACACUUCUGACCUCCUCGCUGCCUCCUCCUUCUCCGCUCCUUCCUCUCUAACUGCUGAACGUAACACAUAUUCCUCUCCAGCUCUCUCCUCUCUCCCUGCCCCGCCCCCUGCUACUGUGAGGUCAUCAGUAAGCACUGUCUCGGCCGCAACCCUUUUCUCCACUGCACAGCCAGUGAUUGGUGCAUCGCAUGCUGGCAUGCCCCAGGAGACACAUCCGCCAGCCAAUCAGCAGAUCAGUCCUCACCCAGUGAAGCCCCUGACCCCAGAGGAGAAGAGGCGGGCGGAACUUUCUGAGGGGCGGUCGGUGCUGGACAAACUCAAGUCCUCUAUCCACCCAGGGAGGAGCAGCCAGCCCACCGAGCAGCAGCCUGAGAAGAAAAAGUCUCUGACGGAGGGAGCUGGGCCUUACUACCACCUGACCCACAGUGAGCUGGUCGCCCUCCUCCUCCAACGGGAAGGCGACCUACACCCGGCAGAGGGUGGAGUUUGACCACCAGAGGGCGUUGCUAGUGAAGCGGGAGGCGGAAUUGAAGAAGAUGAAGCCUCAGGUUAGGGAUCUGGAGGACUACAUAGACACGCUGCUGGUUCGCAUUAUGGAGCAGACUCCCACCAUCCUGCAGGUCGGCACCAAGCUCAAGUGACCGAGAGAGGGACUGAUGGAAUGGGGGGUAACUAGCACCUAGGGUUGUGACAUUCCCAGGUUUCUAGAAAUCCUGGUUGGAAGAUUCCCGGAAUCCGGAGGGAAUAAGCAGGGGAUCCAGGAAUACUCUAACUGGGAUUUCUGGGGAAACGUGAGAAUUUUGUUUGCCGCAAUUUUGCAACCCUGCUUGCCACCUCGUUACCCCCCCCAUAACAACCUCUACUCUGACCCCCCCCAUAACAACCUCUACUCUGCCCCCCCCCCAUAACAACCUCU